ACGGCCCACAAAUUUGUGUCAAUUUAAGACAAACUAUCUCAAAGCAUCUAAACAUGUGAGAUUGCUCUUGAUUUCUGCAGAUAAGAUUUCCAGGAAGAGGUGAAGACAGCGACGAUGAUUGGACUUUUGUUUUUUGUGGUACAGAAACUGAUUUUAUCUCUACGUCACAUCUUGUGGUACCAUUUCUGAAAAACCCCUCCAUAGACACCAGACAGCGGUUUUAACCUUUUCUGAAUGUUAGGGUUUAUUUUGGGCGGAAAGUCUGACAUCACUGAAUUUCAGUUCCACAGUGGACAGGAUUUAAACCGGUCCAGGGGGUCUGACACAAACAGAGCCAAGCGAGAAGAAGAAGCUGCAACUCAUCUUUCCAUCAAGGGCAUCAUGAAGACUUUGUGUUUGACUCUGGGGCUGCUGCUGAUUGUCUUCUACAGCUGCAACGCCAUGCUUGACGCAGUGGGGAUCAGCACUUUUCCUGGAAACUGCUGCUUCCAUUUCAGAGGCAUGGAAUUACCAGACAAACGUGUGACUUAUAUUACUAAGACCCACAUUUCAUGUCCGAAGAAGGGAUUCAUCAUUCAUACGGUAACUGGACGACAGAUCUGCUUCAAUCAGAGCUCCGUGUGGGCUCAGAGGAUCUAUACACAGAUCCACAACAGCGACGGCAGCGGCUGGUGGAAAUAAAGACUCAUAACUGUAUUAUACGUAUUUAUGUGAGAGCCUAUGUUUGCAAACAUAACGCUUCAUUUGAUCUGUGCAUGUCACCAAAAUGUUGCUGCAAUAUAAUUCAUUACUUCUUCAAAAUAAACAUCUGUCAGAUUAUGUGUUCACGGUUUUUAAAUAAACAAUAACAAUAACAACAACAACAACAAUAACACCACUAUAGCUGAAGCAUGAGUUUGGAUUAAUUAUUUAAACUUUCUUUUGUACUUCACUUAAAUAAUCUAAAUGUUGUAAUUAAGGCCUCCAAGAAAGGAAUAGAGCCUUUUUACUUUCAGAGCACAACAGCAAAAUUAAAA